AGAGGAAGAUGAAAGAGGGGGGGUUAUCAGACCUAAUGGUGUGGGUGGAACUUUCUCUACCUAUAAGGCCAGGGCUAAGAGAUAGCCGAUCAGUCAGAACGGCUGGGCAGCACAUGAAGACUUCUAUACCUAAAGACUUUCGAAUCUGAAAACUUCAACACCUAAAAAUGAGGUUGAGUCUGGUGUUGUCUUCUCUGCUCUGUGUAGCCACAUGGAUGACCGGGGUCGAUGCAAGCUUUGGACCAGUCAACACUUGCUGUCUUAAGCUGACUCAGAAAAGAAUCUCCCCUAAGAAAGUAGUGGACUACACCGUACAGACUACAGCACUGUGUCCCAUCAAAGUCAUAGUGUUACACACCAUAGAAAGGAAGAUGAUCUGUGGUGACCCAGGAAGUGAUUGGGUAAGGAAGGCCAUGGGAAAGGUGGACGAAACCAAGGCAAUCAAGAGAGAGGAGGAGGAGGGAAAGGAGGGCAAGACAGUGACCAUGGCACCGGCAGUGCCACGUAAGCAGGGAAAGGGACAAAAGAAGGGAGCCAAAAAGGGAAAGGGGAAAGGAGGGAAGAGAGGAGGAAAGAGAGGAGGGAAGAGAGAGGGAAGAGGGCGCAAGAGAACUGGUGUAACAAACCAAUUUGAGUAACUGAGCACAAUUGAUGUUAAGUCUAAAUUGUGGAUUUCUGCCUCUAGGAGGAGAGCAAGAAAAUCUACUAAUGUAAAAGCAGUACAAUGGCAAGGACAUCUGCCUAUGUUGGCAUGUUGUAAAGAAAUAAACAUUUCAAUGAGGACUGGACACAAAGUUGUUGUUUUUUACUCUCUGUGUCACUGAUAUAUGGGACCAACGCUGUUUUAGUAAAAUAUUGAAUAAAAAAAUCAUAGCACAGACCUUUUAAAUCAAAUUUAAAUUCUUGCACUGGCUGCCUCUAGCGCAUGUUUGAGAAAGGUUCAGGCCUCUUGGGAUGAUGGUGGUACAGUACGUUGCCUCGCCUACCUUUGUGGAAUGUAGCCUAGUUUUUAUAUACAUUUCUCAGACCUUCUGAUAAAUGACUAGAAUGUACAUCUCCACAUGUCCUUUCUUCCAUAUAGGCCUAGACUUACAUUAACAUGUAAGACCUACAAACAACACAGUUCAAAUCAUGUCAUAUGUUUUCCUUUCAUCGCUGAUGCUAUGUGUCAGUGUGAAUCCUUUCUCAUAUUUCCCCCCUUUCAGGGAUGUAACAUUACAAUUGUGUAGCUAAUAGGCUUUGUGUUUGUAGAUCGACUGAGGUGAAUGAACCUACUGCAGCCAAGGUGAUCAUGGCUGGGGUCAAUAUUGCUUGUUUUUGCAGUUCUCUAAAUACAAUUACAUUUUAUUUUUUUGUAUAGAAAUGUUUUAAAAGUUUAAGCUUAUUUACUGCAUCCAGACCUCACUAAAAAUCUAACCCUGGUUACGACCCUGGCAACAGAUGCCGAGGGUAGAAAUAUGGGUAGAAGUGUAUUUAAGCUGAAGGAAUACAAUGAAAGUUCAUGUAACAGUAAAGUGGUUGAUCUGAAUACCAUUUAACCCACACAUCCCUGCUCACUUCAACAGCGGCCAUGAUAAAUGAGUAGAAUGUACAUGUAAAUAACAUGCUCGUCUGUUUUAAAGUUAAAUUUGUAUCUAUUACCUACCCUGCUACCUCUUAAUGUUCUUUAUAUUUGUACAUUUUUCUCUCUCAAUAUUGCGUGUUUAUGUUAAGUCAAUAAAACAAUAUAAUCAUGAUAACUUUUGUC